CCUCGCGCCCCCGCUGCCUCCGCCGUGGAGACCAGAGAGCCCCGGGGGCUAGCGCAGCCGGGAGCGCGGGAGGCGGGGAGCCGGUCUCUGGGCUUAGGUCUCCGCCUGGGAUUUAGGGCAGCCCCCGAGGUGUCCUGCUCAGAGGAAUGGAACCUGCCUUCGGGGAAGUGAACCAGCUCGGGGGGGUGUUUGUCAACGGGAGACCCCUGCCCAAUGCCAUCAGGCUGCGGAUUGUGGAACUGGCGCAACUGGGUAUCAGACCGUGUGACAUCAGCCGGCAGCUCCGCGUUUCCCACGGCUGUGUCAGCAAAAUCCUGGCUCGCUACAACGAGACCGGCUCCAUCCUACCGGGGGCUAUCGGAGGCAGCAAGCCUCGGGUCACCACCCCCACGGUGGUAAAACAUAUCCGGACCUACAAACAAAGGGAUCCGGGCAUCUUCGCCUGGGAGAUCCGGGAUCGCCUGCUGGCCGAUGGCGUGUGUGACAAGUACAACGUGCCGUCGGUCAGCUCCAUUAGCCGCAUCCUCCGGAACAAAAUCGGGAACCUGUCUCAGCAGAGUCACUACGAGUCCUACAAGCAGCACCAGCCGCCCCCACAGCCUGCUCUGCCCUACAACCACAUCUACUCCUACCCCAGCCCCAUCGCUGCUGCGGGAGCCAAGGUGCCCACCCCUCCCGGGGUGCCAGCGAUCCCCAGCACCAUGGCCAUGCCCAGGACGUGGCCGUCCUCCCACUCGGUGACGGACAUCCUGGGGAUCCGGUCCAUCACAGACCAAGCAGUGAGCGACACCUCGCCUUACCCCAGCCCCAAGGUGGAGGAAUGGAGCAGCCUGGGCCGAAACAGCUUCCCUCCGCCGGCCCAGCACGCCGUCAACGGGCUGGAGAAGAGCUCCCUGGAGCAGGAGGCCAAGUACAGCCAGGCACCCAACGGCCUCCCAGCCGUCAGCAGUUUCGUGUCAGCACCAGCCAUGCCUCCCUACGCCACACCAGCCCAAGUGUCACCUUACAUGACGUACAGCGCCGCCCCGUCCAGCUACAUGGCGAGCCACGGCUGGCAGCACGCUGGAGGCACCCCGCUGUCCCCUCACAGCUGCGACAUCCCCGCCUCGCUGGCGUUCAAGGGCAUGCAGACGGCCAGGGAGGGCAGCCACUCGGUCACGGCCUCCGCGCUCUGAUGCAGGAGCCGGCCCAGGACCACCACGAGCCCGCUGGCUGGUCGUCCCCUGAGCCUGGCUCACGGACUGCUCUCUUCGUGCCGGCGACACCUGGCAUUUCUCCUCAUGACUUGUCUGCCGUAAGGCUUUUGGGAUUGAAAGAGCUGAAGACAACAUCAGAAACUGACAGAAGUGAGGUGUUGCGCUCUUUAAGUAAAGACCUUGCGUCCCUCAAAGGGCUCGUGGAGCCUUGUCCCACUCUCUCCUGGUCAAACCACACGUAUUUAUUCUUAAUCAUCACAGACUUUCUAAAUGUGCAAUUGUUAUUAAGAUUUGUGUAAAAAUCAAUAAAGAAAAAUCACCACAGAAAAUUCUGCUAUGCCUCAAAUCAGCAAAGGCGGCUAAAUGGGAGGCAUUUGCCGAUUGCUUAGAGAACAACCCUUUCAUCGACGAGGUUAUACAAUCCACCGCUAUUAAGAGAUCACUUUUUGGUUGUUUUGUUGGGUUUUGGUAAUCAAAUGUAGAACCAAGGCAAUAGGCGUCCCUCAGAUUCUUCUGGCAUGUUGCCAUCGUCAGGCAGUAGUAAUACCUUUAUGUUUUUAUCCAUUUGUAAAUAUAGGCUUUUGACAGCAUUUGUUUUCACCUUCCAGUACAUUUAUUUCUACUUUUUUUUUUUUUUUUUGACGUUAAAAAGGUGACUUUCUAGCUAUUUUCUGUGUCUUUGUGUGGUGGGGUGAUAGCCUCAGGUGAUGAGGUUUAGGUAAGUUUUUUUUCAUCGUGUUUUUGUGCCUACAGCGGAGGCUUCAACAUCUCAUGAAAUACAGUUAUCUCUUUAGCAGAAGAUUCAAAGGCAGAAAUCCAGCCGAGUAACUCUCCUCAGCUACACCCAGCCUCCCAGAUUCAUGAAACACCACAUUCAUGUUAAGUGUACAAACAGAAAUGGGUGGAAAAUAUCUGAACAAAACUGAAAACUGUAGAGGAAAAUGCUGUUAGUGUGCAACCUGUGCAGAGAUGCUUACAAAGCCAUGUCAGUCAACAAACCCACUGAGAAACAGAAUGGUACCGUCAUUGUUGGCUCACUCGUGUCCAGCAUUUUCGGCCCGAAGAUUAUGUUGUAAUUUUUUUAAGAGGAAGUUGUCUUUAAUUUCUGCUUUAAUGAAUGUAAAAUAUGGCUCUUGGUAAAGUUUACAUUGUUGUUCUGAAGCAUUUUUUUCCCUUAUAGGUAUACUGGUGGUGGUGCUACAAACACAGAUAUUAUUUAAUAUUAACAAAUUUCCUUUCUACAUUUCUGUAUCCAGUGGCAAGUACUCUGUGCCAGUUAUUUUGCUUUAAACUUUAAUCCCAAGAGAGCUAAUCUUUGAAAAUUUACCUGUUUUCCUUGGGCAAUAAUAAAGUUCUGACUAUUAUUCCAGAAUACUUUCCACAUGCUGUAGGUAUGUUCAGAAUAUGAACGUGGAAAAAAAAAAAUUAAGCCUGGUGUGACAUUUCAUAUACUUCAUAGAAUAUUAAUAUAUUGUGUAUUUUUAUAAAUGUUGUGCAAUAACUUAAAUUACACUAGAGAUAGUUAAAGCAGAGGAGAAAACUUCAUUCUUCAAAUAUUGCUCUAUCUGCAUACCAUAUUAAACAUU